ACUAACAAGAGGAAGAAGAGAAAGGAAGGAGCAACAUCAAAGAUGAGGUACUUGUUGAGGGUGAGAUUGGCUUCAUUCUUCACGGGGGCAGCAACGGCGUCGUUUCUGGGAUUCUACGUCCUCUACAAGGAUUACAAGGUUGCCCAUGAAUCCAUCACCCAACAGCUGAAAAGUCUUCAUGAGCCCCUGGAUCGGCGGAUAUCUGCUCUGGAGAGUUUGAAACAAGGUGAAACUUCACAACAUGCGGAAGCAGAAGAGUAUAAUGUUUCCUAACAGUGAAAUUGGUUCCUUUCCUUUGAUUCUCCUUUCGGACCUCUUAUGAUAAACAGAUAUUUGUAGCUGAAGUUUUGUGUACUUCUUUAUGGGAAUACUUCGCCAGUUGACAUGAUUUCCCUCGUUUAUUUGGUUUUUCUUUAAUGGAUGGAACAGUGACUGCAUUUUGAAAUUGAUUGAAUUCAAUUUGUGGUUAACUUGAUGAA